GCCAAAUUCAUUUCCCUUUUAAAAAACCAGUCCGUUACUUGUCUUUUUCCUAGCUUUCCUAACUAAAAUUGCUCAUAGUUCAGCAGAAAUGCGAACUCGAUUUCUCAACACCGAUUACUUCACCUCCUAUCACUCCCCAAACGAAACCCUAAGCUUCCUCAAUCUCCCAGUUCCUCACCUUCCUCCUUGUUGUCUGCUGAACUUCGAAGAUCAUUUCUCUCGUUUCGAUCCCGAAGCGAAUAUAUCUCUUGAGGUUGAGAGAUUGCCGAUUGAUUCUGCUUUCUCUAAGUUUAUCUCACAAGUGAUACCUGGAAAAAUUGACGUUGACUAUGAAGAUUUCGAGGAUCAUCAGUUACGUAAUGCCGAUGAUCGGAGGUGGUUUAGCUGUGGAAGUGAAGACAUCCGAUACUACGAGAAAGAAGCCAAGCCUCUUUUUGAAGAUACGGAAGAGGGGAUUCAAAAAUCAUAUAGAUAUGAAGCUCUGGAGAAAGAUAGUGAGACUACCGUGGACGAGAAGCAUAUGCAGAGGCUUGUAGUCAUCCAAUUUGAAGCACCAGAACUUGAUGAAUUCUCGGAAGAAGUUUGCCUUUUUGAGGAGACCAUGGAAAUUCUUUCUGAAGUUCCAGAGAUUGUGAGUGAUCCAAAUAAUGUCACACUUCAUCAUUCUAUCUAUUCGUCUUUCUACAUCCAGGAUUCUGUCAGGCCCGGGCUUAAAAUGCAGUACUUUGAGAAGGUGAAAGAAUCAGUUUAUUCAGUUGAAGAUGUUACCUUAGAGUAUGACAUGGAUGUAAGAGCUUGUGUGUUGGAAGAUGAUGAUUCUGGUCAUGAACAUAUGAACUUCCAUUGUAACUUAUUUCCUUUAUUGGAAGUGGAUGAGAUAAGCCUGAGAACUUUCACAAACCUGUCCAUGGAAGAUGAACUUUUGUCAUUUCUUGAAAAUAUGAAAACUCAAUGGAGUCAGAAUGAUAACCUGCUUAGAGAUGGGAAGGAGCUAUUGGGAUCCAUGCAAUAUGAUGUUUUGGAGUUACUUUCCAACCAUUGUCUAUCAAAGCAGUGCCUUGAAACUGAGCUGGCAUCCACAGAAACAAACCUGGUGAUGGAUAUUACAGGCAUGGUGGAAAAAACGGACUCUGCAUAUUGUUCUUUAUCAACAAGCCCAUUUGUUUUUCAGGAAUUUGAAUUCCUUGAAGUGGACUCAUCUCAAAUUUAUGAAGUCUUCUUUAAGAUGCAAGCAACUGAUGAGCCAGAAACAAGUGAUUGGAUGUUCAGAGCAGACAAGAACUUUAAGAAUUUCAAUGAAUUGAUUGUUAGCUGUGAGCUAGCUCUGGUGGAUGACACAUUUAAAUCAAUGCUUAUACCUAUUCAAUCUGACCAUGACAAGAUUAGGUCAUUGCAUGCCAUUGUUGAGGAAAUACUAGCUGAACUAAAGCCAAAACACUUUUCAGCAUCUGAUGGGAUAUACUUGGAUUGGCACCUCUUGGAAGAUGAUAAAUGCAACAGUAAGAUAUUAUCCUUAUAUCAGAAUACGUUGGAGUUGGAUUUGCACAACAUUGAUUUUGAUUGGGAAUCUUUUGACAAAGGAAAGUGGGUGGUAGAUGUUAUUUUAUCUGAUGAAGCUUUGAAUGGGCCAAAAGUGGAAGAACAUAAGGAAUCACUGGUUAUCUUAUCUGAAGGCGUUUCCAGUGAUCAACUUAUGGGAGUUGCUUCAAGUAUGGUGUUGGAUGAUAAAUGCUCAAAAUCAGGAAAUUGGGAACAUUUAGGUAAAGAAAAUGCUGGGAAGGAGAUGCUGUUAUUCAAAUCUAUGUCAAAAUUCAAUGAUCUUGAAUUUUUCUUGAAUCCUGGGAAAGUCACUGGUGGGGACAUAAGUGAAUCUGCAGUCAAGGAACAUGGUACUAAUGCUAUAUCUCCCAAGGAAGGAGAGUCUCAUUCUAUCCUUCAGGUGGAAAAAAAUAUGGAUGACCAGAAGUUGAAGGAAGUGCUUAAUGUUCUACCUACUGAGAACAAGCAUUAUGCAACAACUUCAGAAGCUGCAGAUAAAGUAGAACCUUGCUAUAUGCCUAUGGAGGUUCCUAAUGUGUCCUAUGCAAUGAAAUCAGAAAAGACUAGAGCAUGCAUGAUGCCUUUCCCUGACACCAUAGUUGUUGUGAAUACUCAAAAUCUUGACAAGGAAAUGAUAGUAUCCAGAAGAAGUACGUACCAAAAAAUUCUUGCAAUGGAGAAAGAGGGAUUACAAGUUUUGGAACGUGAUUUAGAUCUGCCUGUGGAUGUUGUGAUUAUUUCUGCCAUUUGCUUGGUGUGGUAUCAUUGCAGAAACAUUAGAAAGAAAGCAACUACUGCAUAUGAAGCUUCUUCAUGCUUGCCAUUUUGCAUUGAGAAUAUUGCUACAAAUGUUUUGCCAUUGCUAAGUUUCACUUUCAGCUGCUGCAUUCUGGUGUUUGAGGGAGAGAUCAACUUCCUUUCCACUGUAAUGGAAUCCUCAGAUGGACUCUAUGCAACAGCUGCAAGCCUGGGAAUUGAUUUGCAGCUUUUCUGUUCCUAUUCAUCUGAGUUGACUGAUGAAAUCAUAUUAAGCAAUAUUUUGUAUGCUGCUAAGCUGUGCAGGGGCAUAUAUCCUAAAAUGCCUGAAUCAGAAACUCUUGCAGAAUCAUUCCUUACGAAAUUUCCUUCAGUAAAUCCACUGACAGCUCAUGCAAUACUGUCUUCAGGAGGCAUGCUUAUUGAGUUUUUUGAGUGGUCAAAUGAGCAAAGGAUCCUUGCAGUCCAACAUUAUCAUGUUCCUGAAGAAAGUAUCGUUCUAUUUAGUGCUUUUUGCAGCUAUGGUGAACGGGAGGAUUCUAAAUCCAUAAUGACAGACUGCUCUUCUUCUGUAUCCUCUGGUCCUGACUCCAAUAAGUGUGAUUUUAUUGUUGCUUCUGAAACAAAACCACUAAAAUGCAUCCAUAUCUCCCCCAAACUUGGCAUGCAUAUGGAUGAUACAUGGCAGUUUGAACCCUUAAACCAGUUCCCUGAUGAUGUACAGGGUCCUUCCGGAGUGUUAAGGGGAGAUGAUUGUUGGAUGUCGAGAGAUACUGAGAAACUUGAUGAUUUGCAAUGGCCGCGGCCAUUUUUGAAAGAUUUGUUUGGUCAAAAACAGGGAUUGGAUAUUGCACAGAUAGUGGAUUCUUCUACUAUCUCCAAGCCAUAUGAUUCCCAGAACUCCAAAGGUCCUGUGAUAUUAGAUGAAGUUGAAAAGCCAAGGUUAUAUUUGAAUGAUAAAUUGUGGGGUCAAAAUGAGGGAUCAGAAAGGAAAAUCAAUAACAAGGUGGACUGGAAUAAAACAAGUCAAUCUGAGAAUCUACAUGAGGACUUUUUAGGUGAAGUUAUUGACCUCACUGAUAUUCUCGGUAAGGAUGUUCCUCCUAUCACUAACUCGAUGUGUUUCUCAACUUGGCUGCCAGAAACAGAACAAGACUCCACAAGAAAGUCGGCUACAAGAAGAUUGUCAUUUGGUAAAAUCAAUCGCCCUACUUUUCCUACGGCUGCUGCAAUCAACCCUGGUUCAGAUUUAUUGUCCUCUGUAAAAGUUCACAGACAAAGUUUACAUCAAAAUAGCAGCUACGCUGAUACUGGCAUGCCUUUAAAGCACCCAAAAAAGCCGUUGGAAGAUAUUUUAAUGCAAGGAUCUGUAAGAAAUACCAUCAAGUUGGCGUUAAAAGAGGAGGUAUCCCCUUAUGGUGGAACACCUCUUUCUAAAGCAAUUUAUUCUGACCAUCCACAACCAGGUUCACCCUGGACAAUAGAGUUUCUUAAUAGAAUCCGGGAAAAGAGAAUGCGGCAGCAGUCUCUUCCACGUGAUGCAUCAACCCCUGAUUUUGGGUGUUCGGGCAGUAUAUCAAAAGUUACUAAGCGAAGAAGUCCAUCCAUUCUUGAGUUUUUCAAGUACAAAGGGGGCAGUAAUCCUGGGAAAAUGCACAAUCAAAAGAAGCAGAAGCAGUCUAAACAAUUGCCAAGUUCAUCCAAUCGUGAAAGAUCUUCAGCUCCUUUUCUUCAGGUAAGGACACCCAUUGAUAAGAGAUCAAGACAGACUCUAUCUUUUGCAAUGAAUGAUAGCGGAAGCCAAACUAGGCUCGUGUGGAGCGAUGGAAGUGCCAACCUACAAAGCAAAAGGUUGCGGAAGCAAUAAAUAAUUAAUGUACAACGAGUGGCUUGUAUGUAGAUCGUAGCUAGGAUCACGUUGAGUGAAGUUAGAGGGUUCUCCCAUAAACAGAUUCCAUCCUGCACUGCAGCUUUCUCCAGUUUGAAUGUUGGCUUUCCAACAUCUUCUGGCAACGAAGAUAUAGUUAAUGCAGGUUUCUUCAACUGUGGCACCUGAAACGGAGAUACA